UCGUCGUCGAGGCCGAUGCCGCGGCUGCUGGUGCUGUACGGCAGCGAGACGGGCACGGCGCAGGACGUGGCCGAGUUCGUACAGCAGCGCGCGUUCAACCGGCAGCUGCUGGACACGCAGGUGGCGGCCAUGGACGCGUUCCCGGUGGCACAGCUGCUGCCGCAGUGCUCGACCGUCGUGUUCGUCGUGUCCACGACGGGCGACGGCGAGGCGCCCGAGAACAUGCGCAGCGCGUGGCGCAGUCUGCUGCGCAAGACGCUGGGGCCGCAGUGGCUGGCGGGCGUGCGCGUCGCCGUCUUCGGGCUGGGCGACUCCAGCUACGCCAAGUACAACGCGGUGGCGCGCCGCCUGCAGGCGCGUCUGCUGCAACUGGGCGCCUCGGAGCUCAUCGACCGGGGCCUGGGCGACGACCAGCACGCCUACUGCUACUUUGGCGCGCUGAACCCGUGGCUGGAGAAGCUCUGGGCGGCUGUGCUACAGCUGCACCCUCUGCCGGAGGGCGUCGCCAUCGACGACUCGCCGAAACCGAUCGAGCCUCGCUACUCCGUGGUCGUGCACGGUGCGGGGGAUAGCGAGGCGGAGGCUGCGAGGAAGCUGACGCCACGAACGGACGAGUCGAACUUCUACGCGCCACCACGCACGGCGGUGGGGGUCGAGAAGGGCAUCUACUUGGCUCCUGUCGUUGUGAACAAGAGAAUUACGGCCGAGGACUGGGAGCAGGAUGUCAGGCACUUGGAGUUUGAUAUCAGCAGUGGUGGUGGUGGUGGAUCGAGUGUGGGUGGAGCAGCGGACGCUCCGUUCAGGGCCGGGGAUAUCACCGUUGUGUACCCUGAGAACGUGGCGGGCGUGGACGACAUGCUCAAGUACGUUAAGAUGGACGGAGACACUGUCAUCUCGAUCAAGGCAGCAGACGGAGCGAAGCAGUUCGACCUGCCGUCUCCGGUUACCGUUCGUGAUGUAUUUGCAAAGUAUCUGGCCAUCCUGGAAAUCCCGCGCCGGAGCUUCUUUGAGAGGCUCUCGCUGUUUGCAGCGAAUGAAGAGGAGAAAGAAAAGCUCGAGGAGUUGGCCUCGGCCGAGGGUGUCGAUCUCUUGUAUGACUACUGCAUUCGUGAAAAGAAGACGUACGCCGAAGUGCUCACCGACUUCCCGAGCGUGACGGUGCCGUUGACGAUCCUGCUGCAGCUCAUUCCUCGCCAGCAGCCUCGCUCAUACUCCAUCUCUUCGUCGGCUCUGCUUCACCCUGGUCGCGUGCACCUGACAGUGGCCAUCGUGGACUUCUUGACACCGUACAAGCGCCGCCGCAACGGCAUUUGCUCGUCGUUUUUCACCUCGCUCGAUCCGUCGAAGGAGCAGAAGCGAGUGCCCAUGUGGAUCAAGAAGGGUCUGUUUGAGCCGCCGAGCCUAGAUCGUGACGUGCUGCUCAUUGGACCAGGAACCGGGCUCGCCAGCAUGCGGGCAAUGGUGCAAGAGCGACAGUUCCUGCGUAAGCAGAGUGAGGGCAACGCACCAGGAACAACAUACCUCUACUUUGGUUGUCGCCAUGAAAGCAAGGAUUUCCUGUACGGGGACGAGCUUCGACGACUGGUGACUUCAGGCGAUCUCACGGAGCUGCACACUGCGUUCUCGCGUGACCAGGACCACAAGAUCUACGUGCAGACGCGUCUGGCUGAAAACAAGGAGGCCAUCUUCGACUUCGUCAUGAACGGCGAGGGCUGCAUCUACAUCGCCGGGUCCGCCAAGCGCAUGCCCAACGACGUCUACGAAGUGCUCCGUGACAUCCUUCGGUCUGUAGGCAAACUCCCGCUACCGACUGCAGAGAAGGUGAUGAAGGCGUUGGCCCGCAAGAAACGCUACGUCGUCGAAUCUUGGUCGUAGGAACCUUCACAGCCAGCAGCUUGUACAGAGCAAGGUUAGACCAACACGAUUUCCACGGACCCAAAGUCUCCAUCACCCCCCCCCCCAUUUGAUUCGCUAAAACCAUUGCAAAUCUCGAG